AUGGAUAUCACACGAGGUUCAAGAAGAGCCCGCCAUGUAGCUGCCACUCAUGGAAACACAAGCACAAGCACAAGCGCAAAUGCAAACGCAAGCGCAAAUGCAAAUAAUACGCAUGUGCACGCAAACGCAGCAUCAGCAUCAGCAUCAGCAUCGAGCCCGAGACCUCAAACAUCCGAGAUAGCCUCAUCUCCAGUCCCCCAACUUGCUGCCACUCCAAGCGGCCCUGCUGUUAGAAGUAGACUUAAUCCAAGUCAAGGAGCAUCUCCAGUUGCUGCCCCUAUGAUAACCCCUGAUGGGCCUACGCUUCAUCCAACACCUAACCAGCCACCAGAUCAGCAGCGACGACGUCGAGCACCACCCCCAAAUCCAUUUCGUCUCUACAGAACACCCUGCGAGCUUGAUACACUCUUCAUCUCUGCAUAUCUAAGAAAAACUUCCCCUGCUUUCGCGAACAUGCCUCCUCGUCGGCGUCAGGUUUCUGAGCGCAGCCAUCCCUACUGCUAUAAAGGGCGUUUGGCUCGAGUUCCUCUCGGCAAUCUUCCUUUCAAACAGAAGAACGGCGAAUUGCUUUGCGAGCGCGAGCGACUUAUAAGACCACUUCCUUUUUGCACAUGGGAAGAAAAGGAGAAUGAUGAUGCCGCCAUUCACGCCGCCGAACAGAACAUGGAGAUUCUUGAGGAACGAAUCAAUGAGAAACAUGAGAGGAAUGAGAGAGAGAGAGGCAAACAAGACGGCCCACGUCUCAGUAUGCCUCAACUCGAUUACGAUGGCUCUAGCUCUGAGCCUGAACCUGAUGACAGUAUCCUCCAUGGCCGAGCUCGUCCAAUGCCCGCACAAGCUGCCGCCAUAGUCACUGGAGCCGAGACUUCUUUCAACGGUACUCCUGCUGCUGCUGAUGAGGAAGACUCAGAAGCUAAUCAGCCAAGUGGCUCACCAGAGGAGUAUGAAGACGAAAAUUUGAGCAUCGAAGAGGAAGACGCCGAUGAGGAUGAAGAUGAGGAUGAGGAAGACGAUGUCGAUGAAGAGCAUGCUCAGGACAUAGCUCCCCUUUUCGAUCCCGCUACGGCCGGUCUCAAGGAGGUCUCUAACCUCGCUCGCUUUACCGUCAGUAGUCACAAGCCUGGUAACGGAGUCGAAGAGCUCAAGAGUGAUGAUCUCAAGCAAUUCUGGCAAUCCGACGGCCCUCAGCCCCAUAAACUCACCAUGUACUUCACCAAGCGUGUUGGAAUUCGGGACAUUCGAUUUUAUGUCGAUUAUAAUGAGGACGAAUCCUACACCCCGACCAAGGUCGUCUUCAAAGCCGGUACUAGUGAGAACAACCUCAUCGAGUUUGCAACCAUGGCCAUGGAGAAUCCUGUGGGUUGGCAACAAGUCCCCAUUGCUGGCGCCGGCGGUGAUCCUGACGGCAAUACUCUUGUUGCGUGGGUUGUGCAGAUGCAGAUCCUUGAGAACCACCAGAACGGCAAGGAUACACAUCUACGUGGUAUCAAAAUCUACUCUUUCGAUAACGACUCAGCUCUUGGCCCUGGACGUGACGGGAACCCCGUCGACGACGUUGUCGGGCUGUUGGAUAACGCUAUCGGCCGCGCUGAUGCCGGUGUCACCCGUACCCGAAUGAGCAACUUCGGCACUGCUCACUCUGAACCUGGUGAGGGAGGUCUAUCUAUUCCCGAGUUCAUGCGGGAACCCGAGAUUCGAUAA